AUGGCUCCCCCCAGCGGCGCAGGCAAGCGCGUCAAGGGCCUGCAGAUCUUCCGGCCGUUCAUCUACGGCACGACGGCGCGGCCCUUCGAUGAUAAGCUCAACCCGAAGCCCGCAGGCGUGCCGGACGACCACACGCACAGCUGGACGGUCUUUGUCAAGGGUGUCGACGACACCGACAUCACGUACUGGCUGAAGCGCGUGCAGUUCAAGCUGCACGAGUCGAUUCCCAACCAUGUCCGCAUGAUCGACGCCGAGGCAGGCAAGCCCUUCGCGGUCAACGAGACGGGCUGGGGCGAGUUCGAGAUCACGCUCAAGCUCUACUACGUGUCCGAGUCGGGUGAGAAGCCGCAGACGUUGUAUCACCACCUCAGGCUCCACCCGUACGGUAAGGACGACGCCGAGAAGGAGGCUAUGAGGCUCAACAACGAGGUCGUCGCGUGGACGUACGAGGAGCAGCUGUUCAACGAGCCCUACGACUCCUUCUACGAGAUCCUGACCUCCGGCGCCACGCCCGGCACGAUGGGCGCCGCGGCGAACCAGAAGGCCGGCGGCAAGGCGGGCGGAAAGGGGGCCAAGGGAGCGAAGCAGCCUCCGCCACAGCCGAAACGCAGCGAGGGCGGCGUGCUGGAGCGCAGCGCGAUGAUCCCCCUGACGACGCGCCCCGGCCAGCCGUUCAGUCGCGAGACGGAAGAGCUGGAGAUCAAGAAGCUCAAGGAGGCGCAGGUCAAGGUGGAGGAGAUGUCGAAGAAGAUGACCGAGGAGCUCAAGAGCAAGGAGGAGAGACUCGCGAGUCUAAAGAAGGAAGCCGAGACGGCUGCCUGA